AUGUCGUCGAGCCAUCACGACAAUGCCUUUCAAGAACGGAAACGUAAAUUGUCAGUAUGGGUGAAACGAAUCAUUCAGCCCAAUAAAGAACAGACGCACUUUGCCAGCGCUGCGCAUGCAAAACCUCAUUCCAGAAGACAUUCGAUCGAAGAUAAUCGAGGCAAGAGUGAUGUCUCCGAACAGCUUACAAGGGGCUCAGCAUUCGAAGCUCCCAAACACGUACACAGAAUGCGAGAACCUACCGUGUGCUCCGUCGUUUGGGACAAGUCCGUCACUAAAGAGCCUCUCAGCAUUGGACCUCGGUUAGACUUUGAUCAAAGUAAUGAUAACGCUAGUACAGCGCCUCUGAUAUCCCAUUGCUCAUCGUCUGCGAAAUCCUCGGUAUUCUCAGACGUCACAUCUCUGCAAUCAACCCGGGCAACCGUAUUGUCAAACAAAACGCUAGAAACCAAUUCUAGUACUGUGGGCAUCCCGCCUGCUAGUAUAUUAGACCGCGCUCGUCAUACUACUGGAAAUCCUGGUGCCCCAUCAAUUUUUUCGCUAGCUACAACCCAUCAUACUUCGCAGGCUAACAGCAUGCGACAAUUCUCAAUCUAA